AUGAGCAGCCCACGCAGAAGAAUCGAGACUGAUGUCAUGAAGUUGAUGAGUGACUACGAGGUUACUCUGGUGAACGACAACAAGUUCUAUGUUAGAUUCAAGGGCCCUACCGAGACUCCUUUCGAAGGCGGCGUCUGGAAGGUUCAUGUCGAGCUUCCUGACCAAUACCCCUAUAAGUCACCGAGUAUCGGAUUUGUUAAUCGCAUCUUCCACCCCAACAUCGACGAGCUAUCGGGUUCCGUCUGCCUGGAUGUCAUCAACCAGACUUGGUCGCCCAUGUUCGACAUGAUCAACAUCUUCGAGGUCUUCUUGCCUCAACUUCUCCGAUACCCGAACCCGACGGACCCCCUGAAUGGCGAAGCGGCUGCCCUGAUGAUAAGAGAACCCAAGAGCUACGACGCCAAAGUCAAGGAGUACGUCCAGAAGUACGCGAGCAAAGACGCCGCCGACGAAGCCGGUGCCGAGAGCGAAGACGACGAUGACAUGUCAUCCGUUGGCAGCUUCGGCGACGAUGACGAGGAACCCGCCGGCCGACUUGACGAUGUAUGA